AUGCCUCCCUCCCCGGCGACCACCGCCGCCUCCGCCACCACCCACCUCGCCCUCCUCGUCGUCCUCUCCUCCUCCUCCCUCUUCUUCCUCUACAAGUCCAUCACCCUCCGCCGCCGCCUCCGCCGCAUCCCCUCCUCCACCCCUUCCCCCACCCCCACCCCCGCCGCCACCCCCACCCCGACCCUCCUCUACGCCUCGGUCACCGGCACCUCCAAGGACCUGGCGGCGCGGCUCUCCCUCCGCCUCACGGACGCCGGGGCACCCGCGCGGCCCACCGACGCCGCGGCCUUCGACCCGGACGACCUCCCCUCCGUCCCGCUCCUGCUCCUCGUCCUCCCCACGCACGACGGCGGGGCGGCCCCGCCCGGCGCCGCCUUCCUCGCGCGCUGGCUCGCGGAGACCACCGCCGACUUCCGCGCCGGGGCGCUGCUCCUCUCCGACCUCCGCUUCGCCGUCUUCGGCGUCGGGUCCAGGGCCUACGGCGAGACCUUCAACGCCGCCGCCAGGAGCUUCUCGCGGUGGCUGCGCGCGCUGGGAGCCGUCGAGGUGGUGCCCGUCGGGGAGGGCGACGUCGAUGGCGGGGACCUCGACGGUGUGUUCGAGGAGUGGUGCGGGAGGGUGCUGAGGGUGGUGAAAGGGGAGGAUGAGGAGGAUGAAGAUGGGGUCAAUGGGGAGGCCAAUGGAUUUGAAGAGUUAGAUGGUGUGGAGUCCGAUUAUGAUGAUGAGGAUGACGAGGAGGAGGAGGAGGAGGAGGUGGCUGCUGGGGAGGUUGACAUGGAAGACAUUGCGGGCAAGGCAACAGCAAAGAAGCAGAAUGGGAAGGUGGGUGGUGGCUUGACGAAUGGAGGGCAGAAUGGUGCCAGGGCGAUGGUCACGCCGAUCAUCAGGGCCAGCUUGGAGAAGCAAGGAUACAAAAUUGUUGGUUCUCAUAGUGGAGUGAAGAUCUGUAGAUGGACAAAGUCACAGCUCCGAGGUCGUGGAGGGUGUUACAAGCACUCAUUUUAUGGCAUAGAAAGCCACAGAUGUAUGGAGGCAACUCCUAGUUUGGCUUGUGCAAAUAAGUGUGUGUUCUGUUGGAGGCAUCACACGAAUCCUGUUGGCAAGAGUUGGAAGUGGAAGAUGGACGAUCCUCUUGACAUUGUUAAUACUGCAAUUGAUGAACACAGGAAGAUGGUUAAGCAAAUGAAAGGCGUGCCAGGAGUAAAACCAGAACGACUAGCAGAGGGCCUAUCUCCUAGACAUUGUGCAUUAUCUCUUGUUGGUGAACCUAUUAUGUACCCAGAGAUAAAUGCUCUCGUUGAUGACCUACAUCGCAGACACAUUUCUACGUUUCUGGUUACAAAUGCUCAAUUUCCUGAUAAGAUCAAGGCGCUGAAACCAAUCACCCAGCUAUAUGUCAGUGUGGAUGCAGCUACAAAAGAAAGCCUGAAGGCUGUUGACAGGCCACUCUUCUCGGACUUCUGGGAGCGUUUUCUGGAUUCUCUCAAGUCCCUGCAUGACAAAGAUCAAAGGACAGUGUACAGACUGACAUUGGUCAAAGGCUGGAAUGUGGAAGAGAUAGAUGCGUACGCAAACUUACUAGAACUUGGGCAACCUGAUUUCAUUGAAAUCAAGGGUGUAACAUACUGUGGCUCGUCAGCAACUUCAAAGUUGACAAUGGAAAAUGUCCCCUGGCAUGCUGAUGUAAAAGAAUUCUCUGAGGUGUUGGCAACCAAAAGUGGUGGCGUAUAUGAAUUAGCCUGUGAGCAUGUGCAUUCAUGCUGUGUGCUACUUGCAAAGGUGGAUAAGUUUAAGAUCAAUGGAAAAUGGCAUACCUGGAUAGAUUAUGACCGAUUCAAUGAACUGGUGAUGUCUGGAAAGCCUUUUAAGAGCAGCGAUUACAUGGCUAUGACACCUUCAUGGGCUGUCUACGGCGCAGAGGAGGGCGGCUUCGACCCAGAUCAAGCUCGCUUCAAGAAGGAAAGGCGCCAUGGAGCUGCAGCACUCAAAGGCUAAUCUUUGACCAAUCUUGUCACCAAACCGUGGGACUGCUGCUUUCACAGACUAACAUAUGCACCACAUUCCAGGAGUGAAAAUUCCGGAAUCAAGAAUUGUGAGAGAGUGGGGCUCGUGUGCUAUUUGUUUGUCUCAGUACCUAGAGUGUAUGCAACAUGUACCUCUGUUCUUUUGACCCCUGAAAACUAUCUGGUAUAGUGAUGUUUUCAUUAUCCUAUCCAGUGCGGCGAAUGUAUACUUUGUAUCAGUGAUAAUUCCUAUCAAGUCAAUCAGAAUUUUGAGAA